AUGGGAUCUCUUGCAUACCCAGGCUGGCCCUUGUCUGCUGGAGGCACCUUCUCCUCUCCUCCACCGCGGCCCCUCCGCGCCACCUCCACCAUCUUGGACACAGUGAGCCGCACUCCAUGUCUACAUAGGAGCAUCUCCAUCAUCUUCCUGCGGCUGCCGCAGCACCAGAUCCCCAGCCAGUGUCGGGCCAGGGCCUCCAGGGCUGGCACUGCGUCCUGCAAGGGCUACAGCCGGAUUCAACCCCGGCACUGCCCAAAUCCAUGCAAUCAUAUGGAGCAGGGUCCGGGCAGCGCGUGCGCCCAGCCUCCAACCCCAGCUCCAUCAUGUCUUCAGAGAAGCACCUUGCACACCAGCAGAGAGUCAUGGCCAGGCACACUGGGACCUCAGAUCGCGAGCCUCAAUACUCCUCAUGUAACCAAGCCCCAAAUCAGACAUCAAAAGAAAGAACUGAAGACCCAAAUCCGCCGAUGGAAAGCAGCCAGGACUGGAGCGUCCCCUGUCAGUGUCGGGGUCAGCGUGAGGCAGGUGGGCAGUGUGCAGGGUCAUGAGGUCGCGCGGGCUGAGCCAGGGGGACAGGGAGCUCCAAGACGCCUGACCAGAUCACAGGGUCAGCAGAGAGCCAGAAGAGCAAAACAGACCGCAGGCAGCCACCGCAGGCAGCCGCCAGGAAACAGCUCCACACAGGAGGAAGUGUCCGCAUGCCAGAACCAGGAAGAGACCGUGUGCCAGGACCAGGAAGAGACCGUGUGCCAGGACCAGGAAGAGACCGUGUGCCAGGACCAGGAAGAGACCGCAUGGCAGGACCAGGAAGUGACCUCCUGUGGCUCCUGCGGGGGCUGCAAAGGGGGCUGUGGCUCCUGCGGGGGCUGCAAGGGAGGCUGUGGCUCCUGUGGGGGCUGCAAGGGAGGCUGUGGCUCCUGUGGGGGCUGCAAAUCCAGCUGUUGCAAGCCCUGCUGCUGUCAGUCCAGCUGUUGCAAGCCCUGCUGCUGUGAGUCCAGCUGUUGCAAGCCCUGCUGCUGUGAGUCCAGCUGUUGCAAACCCUGCAGCUGUCAGUCCAGCUGUUGCAAACCCUGCUGCUGUGAGUCCUGCUGUUGCAAACCCUGCUGCUGUGAGUCCAGCUGUUGCAAGCCCUGCUGCCAGUCCAGCUGUUGUAAACCCUGCUGCCAGUCCAGCUGUUGCAAGCCCUGCUGCCAGUCCAGCUGUUGUAAACCCUGCUGCCAGUCCAGCUGUUGCAAACCCUGCUGCUGUGAGUCCAGCUGUUGCAAGCCCUGCUGCUGUGAGUCCAGCUGUUGCAAGCCCUGCUGCCAGUCCAGCUGUUGUAAACCCUGCUGCUGCCAGUCCAGCUGUUACAAACCUUGCUGCUGUCAAUCCAGCUGUUGCAAGCCUUGCUGCUGCCAGUCCAGCUGUUGCAAACCCUGCUGCUGCGAGUCCAGCUGUUGCAAGCCCUGCUGCUGUGAGUCCAGCUGUUGCAAACCCUGCUGCUGCCAGUCCAGCUGUUGCAAACCCUGCUGCUGCAAGUCCAGCUGUUGCAAACCCUGCUGCUGUCAGUCUAGCUGUUGCAAGCCUUGUUGCUGUCAGUCCAGCUGUUCCAAGCCUUGCUGUUGCCAGUCCAGCUGUUGCAAACCCUGCUGCUGUGAGUCCAGCUGUUGCAAGCCCUGCUGCCAGUCCAGCUGUUGUAAACCCUGCUGCCAGUCCAGCUGUUGCAAGCCCUGUUGCUGUCAGUCCAGCUGUUGCAAGCCUUGCUGUUGCCAGUCCAGCUGUUGCAAACCCUGCUGCUGUGAAUCCAGCUGUUGCAAGCCCUGCUGCUGUCAGUCCAGCUGUUGCAAACCCUGCUGCUGUGAAUCCAGCUGUUGCAAACCCUGCUGCUGUGAGUCCAGCUGUUGCAAACCCUGCUGCUGUGAGUCCUGCUGUUGCAAACCCUGCUGCUGUGAGUCCUGCUGUUGCUAA